GCCGGGGAUGGACACAUAGGAUAACAUGCCGGGGAUGGACACAUAGGAUAACAUGCCGGGGAUGGACACACAUAGGAUAAACAUGCCGGGGAUGGACACAUAGGAUAACAUGCCGGGGAUGGAACAUAGGAUAACAUGCCGGGGAUGGACACAUAGGAUAACAUGCCGGGGAUGGACACAUAGGAUAACAUGCCGGGGAUGGACACAUAGGAUAACAUGCCGGGGAUGGACACAUAGGAUAACAUGCCGGGGAUGGACACAUAGGAUAACAUGCUGGGGGGACACAUAGGAUAACAU